AUGGCGGCGUCGGCUUGGCUGCAUGGCCCAUCUGCGAUGCGACUAACAGAAGGUUUGGUGUCGGUUCUGAAAGAACCCCGUCCGGAGUACCUCCCGUCUCUGCUGGGCGGCUACAGGGAGCACGGCGUGUUCCAGACCCAGAGUGCGAGCGUCGUCGGGGGUCUCGUGGGUUUCAGUAAUGCUAAACUGGGCUCCAGCAAAACCAGGUUUGAGGGCCUGUGCCUGCUCUCCAUGCUGGUUAAAGACAGCUCCAGCGAUCUGUUCCAGCAACACUGCAUUUCCUGGCUACGCUCGUUGCAGCAGGUCAUACAGUCUCAGGCCCCAGUUCAGACUAUCCAGCUUGCAGUGAACAUUCUAAAGGACCUCCUGCAGUACUCAUCCCAGAUAGCAGAGCUGUCCAGAGAGGUCGGCCUGAACUCCAUCCUAGGCUUCCUCACAUCCCUGCUGGGCCUAAAGGCGGAGUGUGAGCUUGCUGCGAUGGAGGGCAUGAUUGCCUGUAUGACGUACUACCCCAGAGCCUGUGGAUCCCUCCGGGACAAACUGGGAGCUUAUUUUCUGUCCAAAAUGGACAGUACAAACAAGAAAACACAAGAGAUGGCCUGUCAGUGCUACAGUCGCCUGCCCUGUCUAGGCGGUCUGAUGGAAAGAGGGGUGAGUGCUGGUAGAGCCGACGGUUGGACUAAUCAGAUUCACAGCUUGGUGGCCUCAGCCAACGGCCUGCUGGCUCAGAUGUACAACAGUUCAGAAACAGACGGAACAGUGCAAUACGAAGGUCCAGGGGUGGAGCUGGCCUUUUCUCAUCUUGACGAUUCAGAUCCCCUGAUACUGCUGCAACUCCAGCACAGAUACACAGCUGUCUGCCUGGCACUCAAGUACACACUCAGAGCGGACCCAGCCUCAGCUGUCCAUCUGCCUGUCAGACCAAUACUCAACCUGGUGUGCCGAGCCCUCGCUGUCAGCCUUAAGAGCAUAAGUUUAAUAGGAGAUGGAAGCGUCAAGAGUUUGCUGUUGCCCAUCAUACACAUCAACACACUGGAAGUGCUUUCAGCUGUCAUCACAGUCGUAAACAGUGGCAUGAUUCCAUACGCUGCCAUACUACAGAGACUAUUUUCUCAAACCCUGUCUGUUUGGACCCCUCCGUUUGAAUGCAGCCUAGGGCAGCAGAGAGCAUACAGCUCCGUGCGGGUGUCAGUGUACAGAGCCUUAGAGCUGUGGGUCCAGCUAGCCGGACCCUCUGCUAACAUUCUACAGGGAAGCUCGACCCACUCAGAUCUCCUGUUUACCCACCUGCUGGGUGACAUAACACCAGGAGCGGAGUCUGUCAAGUUACGAGCAGGUUUGUCUGCUGAUGCUGUUCCUGGGGGGAAACCAGGACCACGGAGGACAAAACCUCUGGUCAUAGCAGACACAGCAGGACCAUCCCUCCAAAGGAAAGGGGACCUCCUGGCCAAUCAAGACACUUGUCUUUCAGCCCUGAGAGCGCUGAGACAAAUCAUUCUCACGAGUGGUACUUUGCUCAAGGAUGACAUACACAAGCGCCUCCACGACGUGCUGCUGCCGCUGUGUGUGCGUUUACAGCAGCAGCAGACCAGUAGUAGUUCUGCAUGUGAAACAGCAGGGGGCAUCAGUGGGCAGUACAGCAGCGCUCUCUCCAGGCGGGAACUAUACAGGUUAUUGCUGGCUCUGGUCCUGGUUCCAUCGCCCAGCUGGCCCCCACCUCUGACCUGUGCUGUGUCUAUCAUCAGCAGAGGUCGGACUGACCGUAACCUCAAGGUCUCUGCAUUUUGCACUGAGGCUCUGACCAUCUGUAACUCACUUCUCCACCCCCGCACUCCCUCUAUUGCCCUUCCUUUACCUUCCCUCACCCUGAAACCCAACCCCACUGCUCCAGUCCUCCCCUCCUCCAGUGGCCCUACACCUGGACUCACCUUGACAACCCUCCUAGGUGGCCCUGCCCCUGCGCCUCCCUUUCCCACCCGCCACCCUCUUGGCUUAGGCACCCCUUCCCUUCUGGGCUCUUUGGAAAAUCACCUUUCCCUGGUUCCAGGGUUGCCUGGCCAGGGCCCUACGUCAGGUGACAUGAUCCUGUCCCCACGAACUCACCAUCCGCCUGAAACAGCUGGGCUUGGGCCUCCGGAUGGCCAGAGACCGGUGUUUGUUCGCUAUGACAAAGAGGAAGCAGAGGAUGUUGAGAUCUCUCUGGCUAGUGACUCAGACGACAGCGUAGUCAUUGUUCCUCCAGGGAUGCUCAACAUGGAUAACCAGCAGGAUGAAACAGGGGCUGCACCAAACUCCCAGAACAUGGCGUCCGCUGCACCAGGGACUACAGUUGCAUUGCAGGGGUCAGAAUCUGUUACCAUGGUCCCCACCACCGCAGCAACAACCACAGUAGAUGGGAUCUCGCUUUCCAACGACCUCAGCACUUCCUCCUCUCUCAUCACCACCUCCAGUACCCCCAUCAACUCCUUCCCUCCUUCUAGUACCUCAGUGGUCUCCCUUGUUCCAUCCUUGAACUCCAGCACUCUCACAACCCCACCCGUCUUAGGAGACUCUUUGCCAGGGAGACCCCAACUCCAACAGAUGUUGAUGCAGCCUUCCACAGCAGGCCAGUCUAGCUCUAUUGGUCUACCUCUCCAGAUGCACCACCUGCAGAAUCAGCUGAGUCAACAGGGGCGACACCUCCACCAGCACCAACCACCACCUGCCAGCAACGAAGAUUCCGCUGUCAUCAACAUAAACAGCACCGAUGAGGAGGAUGAAGACGAGGACAUGGAGGAUGAUGAAGAGCUGGAGGAGGAAGAGGAAGGGAUGGACGAGGAGGAUGAAGUAAGUGAUUUUGCGGAUGAAGAGUUGUAUGAUGGAGAGGAGUAUGAGGAUUAUGAUGAAGAAGAGGGUGAGGAGUUGGAAGAGGAGGAGGAGGAAGAGGAGGAGGAUGAGGAUGGCGACAUACCACCACUGGAGGAAGCAGGCGAAAAGGCCGAAGAGCUAGGGAUAGAAGAGGGAAAGGUGCAUCAAGCUGCAGUGGAUGAACCUGAGGUGGCUGCAUUCAGCAUCGACGCUGAUACAGAAGGAGGUAUAGAGGAGGUCCAAACCAACAGGGCAAUGUUCGGAGAGGACAGGAUGAAGGUGCAAAAGGUGGAGAGCAUUGGAGUCCUAGAGGAGGCACGGGAGGGGGGAGGUGACGAGGAUGAAAUCGAGAGGAUAGACGACCCCACCAUGCCACAGAUCCUGUGUGUGACGGGAGGUGCUCUAGAGGAGAGGGAUGAGCCUGAGGAAGAGGGAGCUGGAGCUGGAGAAGAGGUGGUGCAGGAGGCAAGCUCAUGGGAGCAAGGAGCCGGUGAGACUGAACCUACAGCCGCUUCAGAAGACGCUGAUCAGGACAAACAGGAGUCUGGAGCAGAGACCGCACAUGACCUCAGUGUGAGUGACAAGCAGCCUCCCGUUCUAGAGCGGGAGCAGCAAGAAGCUGUUCAAGGAGAUUCGGCAACUGCGCAGCCAGAAGCCGAGGCUGCAACAGGCCUGAAUACUGAAGGGGUGGAGGCAGAUAGAGAAAAAACGGGUGACGUGGAGGAGCAGCAGCAGCAGCCACACACGGAAGGAGGAGGUGGAGGAGAGCGUGAUGAAGAGGAGGCGAAAGGAGUGAAGAGGAAGAGAGAGGAGGCAUGUAGAGAGGAGGCUGGACCAAGCUCCGAGAAGAGAAAGAUUGAUGAUGACGCGAUGGCCUCCAUGUUGGCUGACUUUGUCGCCCUACCACCUGAUGAUGACGAUGCUGAAGAAGAACGUCCCUCUGGAUCCAACACUUAAUAGACACUCGCCGGCUUGAACUGAUUUGAUUUUACGUUACCAUGGCUACAGCAGAUCCUGUGUUAUUAGUGACAUUUCCAAGCCGGAGUUGCUUUAUACAACAGCGCCCCUUGUUUAUAUGUUUGUGGGUUCUUCCUUCAGACCUUGUUGCAGACUUCCAUUACACUAUGUGGGCUGUGUGAAUAUUCAAGGAAAGGGAUUUUCUUUUUUCCAGACAUCGUAAUUUGUGACAGAACUUUAAGUAUCAUGUAACAUUUAGUUUUCAACAGUUUGAGGCAGAGCUGCCCAGCAGCAGGUGAAGCUUCUCGUGGUCUGGUAAACAGUACGCAGUAUUAGCCUGUACUUAGUGUAUGAAGUGACUUUUUUGGGUCCAUCUGUACCUUUUUUAGGCUGUUCAUCAUCUUCAUUGUCAUAUGCUUUGUUAUAAACCAAGAUGGGUUCUUUGUAUUCUA